AUGUCCAAAGUUUCUGUAACUGAUAGCUCACUGUGGUUCGAGUGGGACGAUGCUACAUUGAAACGCAAAGCAUAUGCCACAGAAUCUGACAAUGCACAAGAUUACGCCGAUAGACACGUUGCAAGAGAUAUACGUAAGGGGCGAAAAGAAUGGUCAAGUGAAGAAGUGAUGAAAAAAGCCAAUGCUUCAAGAUAUGAUUAUAAGAAUUAUGAGGACAGAAAUGUAGCAAGAGCUAUAAUUAAGAGAGACCGCAACGAUGCCAGCAAAGAGGCCCAUGAAAAGGCCGAAACGGCAAUGGCAAAUUUAUCAAUAGAUGGUCCUCCAAAACUUCCUAAUGACAGAGGAACUGCAUCUAAGGAUGCAACGGAUUAUGACAAUCUGAAGAGGGGGAAAGAACCACAAAAGCGCAAGCCAAGUGUUCCUCUAGUCGCUAGUCAACCUUCAAGUGGAAGCGGUAGUAAACCAAGAACAGAUAAUGCGGGAGUACAAGGAAGGGAGGGUCGUAGUAGUGCCAGAGAAAAAGGCAAGCGUAAUCGGUCUGCUAGCGCCUCUAGGACUAGAGAUCCAGUAAAGAAACUUUCCACUGCCAACUCUUCGAAUUCUGGCAAACUUUCCACCGCCAGCUCUUCGAAUUCUGGCAAACCUCCCACUGCUAGCUCUUCAAAUCCUGCCGGCGGAACAGAACCUGAACCCAGGGCCGACUACCCAUACACACAGAACAAUGAAGGUCGUUACAUAUGCCCAGAAAAAGGCUGUGAAACCAAGAGCUACUCUGAGAAGUUCAGAUUUCGAUCGCAUUACGACACUAUACAUACGGGCAGGGCAAAUUUAUACUAUUGCGAACUUGGCCAUGAAUGUAGAGAGGAACCAUUCGAUCGACACGAUUCAUACCUCAAACAUUUGAGAUCGGACCGGCAUCAAAGAAAACAGGCAGAACGUAAUAAAUAG